UAUAUGGCGUGCGAAAUUCGCAUACGAUAAAAACAAAAGUUGUUCGCGGGUUCAGGGCUAGGGUUUCUACCGGUUUCAGACUUGCGCCGUCCGCCAUGGUUCUCAAAACUGAACUUUGUCGCUUUAGUGGAGCCAAGAUAUACCCUGGUAAGGGUAUCAGAUUUGUUCGCUCUGACUCCCAGGUUUUCCUUUUCGCCAAUUCCAAAUGUAAGAGGUACUUCCACAAUAGGUUGAAGCCUUCAAAGCUCACUUGGACAGCCAUGUAUAGGAAGCAACACAAGAAGGACAUGGCCCAAGAAGCUGUCAAGAAGAGACGUCGUACAACUAAGAAACCUUACUCUAGGUCUAUUGUGGGAGCUACUUUGGAAGUCAUUCAGAAGAAAAGAACUGAAAAACCUGAAGUUCGUGAUGCUGCAAGGGAGGCAGCUCUCCGUGAAAUCAAAGAAAGAAUAAAGAAAACCAAGGAUGAGAAGAAAGCUAAGAAAGCUGAGGUGAUGGCUAAGACACAGAAGAGCCAAGGCAGGGGCAAUGUACCCAAGAGCGGAGGAGCAAAAGGUCCCAAACUUGGUGGCGGCGGUGGCAAGCGCUGAAGGUUGUUUAGUGUUUGACUUUCUGAUAUAAAAGUUGAUGUAAGUUUGAAAUCUACCGAGGUUUUGUUAGGUUAAUAAUUGUGUCCUUGCGGGUUUUGGUUGGCUGUCUGUUUUUUGAUUCAUUUUGAUGAGCAGCAUUUAUUUUUGUUUAAACCAUUUUGUUAGGUGGUUUACUAGUAGAUCAUGGUAGGGGAUCCAUUCGACCUGCAAUUUUUAAUUUUAUAACGUCUAUGUUUCUCCUGUUGAAAGAAAAUUUUACUUGUGUUUUUUGUUUUAGAGGUCCACAACUUCUGGAAUU